AGUAAAUUACAUCCGUCGUUCAUUUAUCAAUUUAAAAUGCUCUGCUGUUUCUUCUGAAAUUUCUGAAGUGGUUCGACGAUGCUUCCACUCUGUUCUGACUUCCGAGGCCGACGAGCUGCGUCAAAUAAACAAAGAGCAGCGAAACAAUCGUCGUUCCUCUUUUUAAAUAAAAGAUUAGUUUUUUCUUCUUUUCCCGGAAAACGUUCACAGGUCUCUCUCUCUCACCUUCUCUGUAUAAAGUCUUCUUGAGAUCGAAGAAUAACUUCAAUUCGAUUCUCUCCAAGGUUCACACAGCUGUUUUUGAUAAGAAGAUUGAUUGUGAUGGAUCCUAGAGCUCAGCAGAUUCCUUUACUUGAAGGUGAGACUGAUAAUUACGAUGGUGUUACCGUAACCAUGGUGGAACCUAUGGAUGCUGAGGUUUUUACUGAAAGUCUUAGGGCUUCGCUUUCGCAUUGGAGAGAAGAGGGGAAGAAGGGAAUUUGGAUAAAGCUGCCUCUUGGAUUGGCUAAUCUUGUGGAGGCUGCAGUUAGUGAAGGAUUUAGAUAUCACCACGCGGAGCCUGAGUACUUGAUGCUUGUAUCUUGGAUCUCUGAAACCCCUGAUACGAUCCCAGCCAAUGCUUCUCAUGUUGUAGGUGCUGGUGCUUUGGUCAUCAACAAAAAUACUAAAGAGGUCCUUGUUGUCCAGGAGAGGAGUGGGUUUUUCAAAGCUAAAAAUGUGUGGAAGCUGCCUACUGGUGUUAUCAACGAGGGCGAGGAUAUAUGGACUGGAAUAGCUAGGGAAGUGGAAGAAGAAACUGGUAUUAUUGCAGAUUUUGUCGAAGUAUUGGCUUUCAGGCAAAGCCACAAAGCCAUCUUGAAAAAGAAAACAGAUAUGUUUUUCCUGUGUGUCUUAAGUCCGCGCUCUUACGAUAUUACUGAACAAAAAUCUGAGAUCUUGCAAGCUAAGUGGAUGCCAAUCCAAGAGUAUGUAGACCAACCAUGGAACAAGAAAAACGAGAUGUUCAAGUUCAUGGCCAACAUCUGCCAAAAGAAGUGUGAGGAAGAAUACUUGGGAUUCGCCAUUGUGCCAACUACCACAUCAUCUGGUAAGGAGAGCUUUAUCUACUGCAAUGCUGAUCAUGCCAAUCGCCUUAAAGCAAUGCGUGACCAAGCCUCCGCUUCUCUCUGAAAACAUUCUCAUCUGAUUCAGUUUGAUCUCGGCAUGUGUGUGUCUAGUGUGUACAAAACAGGAAACUAUGUUCUAUAUUCUAUAUUAUUCCGAUUCUACUAAAUUGCGUCAAUGUAUUUAAGUUUAUACCAUAUUGUCAUUGACUUCUAAUCUAUUUCCAGUUAUGGUUUGAUUCUCCCAA